AUGUCUGAUGAGUGCUUGGAACUUACUCAGACGGGUUUGCACGAAGCUGUACCAAAAUGUAAUCGUGCACAACUUGUUAUAGACGAAAAUACACCAAAGCAACUAUUUGACGAAGAGCUUUACAGUAAAGUAAUCGAUCAUGAAGAAUGUCGGAAACAAGUGAGAUAUCUGAUGGAACCAGAUCAACUGACGCUUUUAGGCCGCUUCUUAGAUGCUGGUAUACGAUUCCCAAGAGGGUUUUUCAUGCUAAGUGUUUCGGAUUUAGGCAACUAUGAGCAAUGUCUUAAUAUAAACGAAGAAGUUGAAGAUAUGAAAAUAGAAGGAAAAUACUAUUUUAUCGAUAUACCAUUUAAUCAAACGUUUCGCCUUCCCUUCUUAAAUCAAAACACAUCUGAUAUAACAAAUAGAAAAAUAGUAGGGUUUAAGAGCAUUAUCAACGAGGUUCAGGAAUUUGUAGCAAUUGAUCCCGAUACGUUAAACCCUGAAAAUCCAUUGAUACUAGCGUCAAUUAAAGUGGCUGUAUGUGUGCCAAAACCUUGCACGACACAAGAAUGGAUUAGUACAUUGCUUUUCAACGUAAGUGCAAUUGGAUUCGAAUAUGAAGAAAUUUUCUGUCGUCUACCAAACGACAAGCCGUGGAUCACUGUCGACUAUGUUGCUAUCGGAGUAUUUGGUUUCCUGGGAUUAAUUACUUUACUCAGUACAUUUUACGACAUCAACCAUAUAGUCAUAAAAAAAAGAGAUCCAAAGAAAGCAAACAUCUUCUAUCGCACGUUCUCCGUUUACACCAAUACGCGACGACUUUUGAAUUUUGCUCCUAAUUCUAACGCCUUAAAUUGCUUAGACGGCAUAAGAUCAAUAUCAAUGAUGUGGGUUGUCGUUGGUCAUACAUUUUCCAUGUACAAUUUUAAUGCUGAUCUUACUAAGAGUUUGAACUGGUUAACAUCUGGCGAUGCAGUAUGGAUAUCGACGGGCCUUUUUACAGUGGACUCAUUCUUUUUAAUGGCUGGUCUCCUGCUGGUUUAUACGUCUGUAGGAAGAAUGACUGGAGUUCAAGUCCUGAAGCGCCUUCAUGUUUUCUAUCUCAAUCGACUUCUACGAAUGUUCCCGUUGUUAGCAUCACUUGUACUUCUAGAGGCUUCUGUGUUCCAUCGUGUAGGAGAUGGACCAUAUUGGGUCCAUGUUGCGGAUAAUGUUCAGGAUUGUCGAAGCUUUUGGUGGUCCACAUUGUUGCAUAUCCAAAACUAUGUGAAUCCAGACCAUAUGUGCAUCCAGCACUCGUGGUACGUAGCGAUUGACAUCCAACUACACAUCGUGUCACCCAUUAUUCUAUUUUGGGUACUCAAUAAAAAGAGGCGAUAUGCCUGGUCGGCUCUUAUCGCUGGUCUUUUGGCAAUCGUAGUUGCUUCCACUGUAUGGAACUUCAUUAAGGCAAUGCCUUCAAGUAACAUGUCUCUUGUUCGUCUAGAUGAACAAUCCUAUUAUAUGAAUAAUUACUAUGUUACUGCAUGGACCCGUGGAGCUCCGUUCUUUGUCGGAAUGAUAGCUGGCUAUGUGUUAAAUAUAUACAAAGGCAAGAAGAUCAAAUUGAAUACGGGCUUCGUAAUCACAUCCUGGGUUAUAGCUCUCGGCAUGAUCGCGUCAUGUUUCUACAUGUCAUAUGUAAUCAUGCAAUUAGACUGGGACAACCAAGUUGGAGACAGUCUGUUUAACUCGUUCAUGAGAAUUAUUUGGUCGAUCGGCUUGUGUUGGAUAAUCUUUGCAUGUGUUAAAGGAUAUGGAGGUCCAAUUAACUGGCUUUUAUCGCUCAGUUUGUGGAAAUUGCCCGCUCGUAUAUCCUUCGCUAUGUACCUUUACCAUUACCCAAUCGCCUUUGUAAUAGCUGGAAUGCAAGUAACGCCUAUCUAUUUCUCGGUGGGAGGAAGGAUUUAUGACUUUAUGGCACUCUUCACGUUGUCAUUCAUCGUGUCGUUCGUUAUGACGGUAGUCAUUGAUGCUCCUUUCUCAGUGCUAAUCAAAAUAUUAAUGGAAGGAGGUCAAAGAAAAUCUCAACCAAAAAUAGAAAACGGUGCCGAUUCCUCAAAAGCUGGUCCAAUACCUGAUAAGAAUGUGGCUGAUUUAGAAAGGAAAAUUGCCAAUAAUGACCAUAAUUUGACUAAUAACAUAAUACAUUUGGAGAAAAAUGGAUCAAGUAACGACAAAAAUGGCGCUAUGGAUAGGAUAGAAGUAUUAGGGGAAACGUUACCAAGUAAAGAGAAUUCAAAAUUUUAA